UACAAGACGCGCUAGAGACGUGCUUUGCAACCGGAAGGCGUCUCCGGCUGUGUCGAGCGGCUGAUGGUACGAUCAGAUUGGAGUAGUGGUGUAGCUGUGGCUCGGUUUGGGGGGGACGGACGGAACGGAGCGUAUUCAAUGGGGUAAAAUCGAAACCCUCGAGCUCGAUGAAGUUCGUCGCGUACUGGGCCCUCUUCACGUCGUGCUUCACGUGCGUUCGAUGCUUCCGUUGUAGCUACGUGCCGCCAAGGAUCGAAGACGUGCUUAACCCGGUGCACUUAGAACCUUCAUCGCACGUAAGAAAACGAAGCAUUAGCCAACCUCUAAGAAUCAAGGUGUUCUACGAUAAGAGCGUUUUCAGGUUGCCGCCGGAGAAAUUUGGGAUAAUAAAUCACACAAUCUUACCUGAGGCACUUGCGUACUGGGAGAGGACUCUUAUGGUCAGGCCAACUCUAGUGCCUAUAAGGUUGAACAGGAAAUGUCCAAACAACCAAGCCUUCUCGCCAGAUCAGGACCCGUACCUUUACUGCAAUGAACACUGCGAGAUCGAGACAACCUGCGGCGAGGUAGUCGUUCCUGACGAGCAUUUAGAGCCUUGCAGAGUAUGCGACCGCACGGGCCGCUACUGCCAGACGAAGGGGAGUGCUGGCCGAGGUAUACCUGAUGCUGACUUUGUGUUUUACGUGUCAGCCAUGCAGACUGAUCGCUGCUAUAAGGGCCAAACCGUUGCUUAUGCGGCCCACUGUCAACAAGAAGCCUCAACUGAUAGACCUAUUGCUGGCCACGCCAACCUCUGCCCCGACUCAAUAUCUACAAAGCCACAAGAUAUGGACACUCUGCUGUCCACUGUGAAGCACGAAAUUCUUCAUGCUUUGGGUUUUUCGGUGAGCUUAUAUGCCUAUUUUCGUGACAAAAAUGGCUAUCCAUUGACACCUCGAGAACGGAAUGGAAAACCAGCAGUGAACAAAGAGUUGCAGACACACAAAUGGAGUGACCGUGUCAUGAAGAAAGUUAUUAGGCAUGACUGGAAGAUACAUAAUGGAUCUAUGAGCAAGGAAUUUUGGAUCAUGGUUACACCUCGUGUUGUGGCAAAAGUUAGGCUCCACUUCAACUGCUCAGAGCUGAAAGGUGCAGAGAUGGAAGACCAAGGAGAGGAUGGAACAAGGCUGACACAUUGGGAGAAGCGGUUGUUUGAGAAUGAAGCAAUGACUGGAACCCAUACCCAGAACCCGGUGUACUCAAGGAUUACCUUGGCUCUCAUGGAGGAUACAGGGUGGUACCUUCCGAACUAUGACCAAGCACAGCCGCUCAAGUGGGGCCACAACCUCGGCUGUGACUUUGCUCUCAAGAGCUGCAAGGAAUGGAUUGACAACCGUCGAGAGAGGGGCCUGACCAUCCAUCCUUUUUGUGACAAAGUGAAGAAAGACCCUUUGGAGACGGAGUGCACAGAGAGCCGAGAUUCUGUUGCCUUGUGUAAUCUAGUCGACCAUGGUGAAUACCUGCCUAUGAGGUUUCAGAAUUUUGAUUAUAUCCCUGGUGUGCCUUCCACAGACCUAGGCAGAUACGGUGGUUCUGUAAUACUGGCAGACUAUUGCCCUUACAUUCAGGAGUUCACUUGGAAAUCGAAAAACACUGUUGUACGAGGAUCGCAGUGCCAGUUUGAAGAGAACAAUCCUCAGGAAGAGAAGAAUUUUGCACUGGAGUACUACGGGCCUGGCUCCAAGUGCUUCAACCACAACAAGGAGAUGUGGCAGGAACGGACAUGCAGCCAAGUGCGCCAGUGGCAGCAUUGGGGCAGUGGUUGCUACAAGUACUCAUGCUCCAAUGGGCGACUGCACAUAGAGGUGGCCAACCACACGUACACGUGCUACCACUCCAAGCAAGAGAUCCGGAUUCAGCUGUACGCCAAUGGCUGGCUCCACAUCGGUGCUAUCGUGUGUCCAUCAUGCCGUGAUGUCUGCUCAGACGAUAGCAUGGAGUGUGAUGCAGACUUGGUGAAGGCAAGUUACGUCCAGGCCGAGAAACAGUUCCACAAGGACAUGCUGUAUUGCCACAGUGUGGACCUUCGUGCUAGCACCGUUCUGUGCUUAGCACUAUGCCUUCUGGCUGUCAUUAGGUGACGAAUGCUUUUACUUGGAAUGUGAGGUGAAGAUCACCUGUUGUGACCAUUUUGUGACAAAGGAGCAAGCUUACCAGCAAGUGCGCCGACUAUAAAUUGUAAACCCGAUCAGAAUUUGAAGCAUGUCACAGUGAUGGCUAAAUUGUUGCGCUCUUAACUCAAAGGGGCUCUGCAAAACCCACUGCUCUCAUCGCAGCAAGUACGUUAGACCAACCCCAGUGCAGCACAUGCAAUGGCCGUAAUACUCAUCACAUGCAAACACAACGAGCUUUUCUUUCUCGUAAAGGCAGGGCAGUGGUACACUCGCAGUUCAGUCAUGGCAUGACACAGAACAUGUAUUGUUGUCAUAGUAACGGUGUUAUCCUUUAUUGCGAUAGAAAUUAUGUGGACACUCCAAGCGGAUUUCUGCCGUCGCCGUGAGGUUCCAUAUAGGGUCCAACGGUGAUGAAAUCGUCGCUGUGCGUCGUAUGCUGUAUGUGCGAGUGAAAGUGCGCGUCCCUUGCGCGCUUUCACAAGGAGCAAAUGCGCGGCGGAGAGCAAACGCGACUUCUUCCGUCGCGCGAAAGGCCAAGGGGGGACGGGAGAGAGGGAGGGGAGAGGGAGGGAGGACGUGUAGCUGCGGCACCAAAUGUGUGUUUAUAUAAAAACAUUGCAAGGCGAGAAGAUGGUAAAGACUUCCGACAUUGCUCGACGAGUGUCCGGUUCUGAUCUCAUCGAAAACCUCCGAGCCGCCCCCAGAGGCACCGGCAACAGUAACCAAUGCCGAGCGCGUUCGGUGCGAACGCGGGCAAAACGCCGACGGCAUUGACAGCAGUUCUGCGCGUUUUUAUUCUGCUACAUGUCCAAGUUUAUACGGCUGAUAAAACUACUAUCCUUACUCUGUACAGCUCUCUACUAAUUUGCUAUCGCAAUUGAUGCUUCGCCUUUCGGGUGAAACUGCGACAUUUUUUGUUAUUAUCGAGUUAAAAAUAAGCAAAUUGUAAGUAAGUGACUAAAUAAGGUGGAAAGCAGCCGGUUUGGGACCUUGACUCUUUCAAUUCAUAGUCAGGUUCCCCAUCCAACUGCACCACCUGAUGCUGGUGCAGAACACAUGUGCUAGAAAGAUGCGAUGCCUGAUGGUGCAUCUGCAGGUCUCUACGAGAGAACAGAACAAAGUAAGUUCUAGAGUGUUUCACGCAACACUGGAAGGGAGCCAUUGGCAGUGCAGCUGAUCGAGAACAGGCACCAGGCUGUAUUGCAUGACAUCACAAGGAAUGCUUUUUCCGCUUACGUCAUCAUGGCAGUCUCGAUGCAAAGUCAUCUUCUAUCCUCUUUUUUGCUAGUGCACCUGUAAGUAGGCUCUGGCCUCCUCUUCCACAAAACCUGCCAAUUGUGGCUUUCAUGUGUAGCAAGGACACUUUUGGUUCUGCAUAAACAUGUCUGUAAAAUAAUACAGGUGUCCAUCAUCCUUCUCUCUCUAUUUAGUGACAGGUCAAGAAUGCAGCAGCGGGCGUGCCUCAAAGGAAACAUGCGUACAUGUGUCAGCAAACCACCUGGUCCAAUUCUUUCUCUCCUGCCUUCUUGCUAUUCACGUCUCUACUUUCGACUUGCGCACUGCCUUGAGAGAAUACCCCUCUCAAGACUAUUGAACAUGAGUAUAAAAUGCAUGUGCUGCCUGGCGUGCUAUUGAGUGAGCAAGUCCUCUUGGUGUGCUCACAACAAUCCUCCCGCCCGGUAGCUUAGUGGCUGUGGUGUUAAGCUCCUGGGCUCAAGGUUAUUGGUUCGAUCCUGGCCAUGGCGGCCGCAUUUCAAUGGGGGCUAAAUGCAAAAACGCUUGAGUAUUUAGAAUUAGGUGCACAUUAACAAAUCUCAGGUAGUCAUAAUUAAUCUAGAGCACUACGGCAUUCCUCAUAUUCUGAUUGUGGUUUUCGCACCUGAACCCCAGAAUUUAAUUGAAUUUUUACACCAGUCCAUUUGACAUUGUGGCAAUGCCCAGGGCGCUUUUCUGAAAGGUCUAUAAAAUAGAAUGAACAACAAAAACAGGGAAAUGUGGGCAUUGCAGGGGUCCCCUUUAUAUAGAAGAGCUGAAGCACACUCCUUCUUACACUUUUGUGUGCUUCAACUUUGUCAACCUUUUGAUGGUGCUAUCUAUCUAUAACUUACGUGUUGCCAUGUCAAGUGUUGCCCUUACUAUAAAGCAUUGACAGUGCUGGCGACUAUAGUAUUAAGUACAGUAACACUCGCGGUGUGUAGCACUAAAUCAGACUCGGUAAGCGUUGACAGCACUGUGCAAAACAACCUCCACAUCGCUGUUAAUCUGAAAUUGGGCUGCAAUGUGCACCAUUUGGCAGUGUUUGCUCAUUCGUGUAAAAAUAGUCAUUACAUGUGAACUUGUGCAGGGACGUACGUGUGACUUGAUGUGGUUUUGUUAGGGCGGAAAGAGAAUUGAUGACAGGUCUGUGUUUCGUUGUCCGUUCUCAAAGGAUGGAUAACUUUGCUGUGUGUGUGUUGCGAAUAAGGCAGUGGUUCUGUGUGUGUGGCCACGCAUACUAAGUGUAGGGAAAGUGUGUUGCCAUUGGAGUGAAGCUUUUAGCCUUUGUGUUUCACAACCUUGCUACCUGUGUAUGCUGAAAAGCAGAACACCGGUGAAAAAAAAUGGAUAUUUUAUCGAUACACACAGCCUCACGUGCUGCACAAAUGUCUUCAAUCAUAAUAUGCCUCUCACUAUGUGCCACAUUUCAGCUGUGUCCCCGUUUUCUUCUUUUUCGCACACACUUUUAGGGCAUAAAUUAUUCCAUGAGAAAGUGAAUUAUAUAACAGCACUUUCUUUUUUUUUUUUUUUUCUUUUUGAAAGACGUUACAAGUGAAGUUCAAGAGUCGCUUGCUGCAUUUUGUUGCACUUGGAAUGUGUGGCGUUAAAGCUAGAGACAGUUGUGCAUACUAUGCUACUAUGCAUACUAUGCUAUGCAUACAGCAUACUAUGCUAGAAAAAUUUUAUUUCGAAACUUGCACUAAGCUUUAAUCAUGCUUGGCAAACCACCUCCUGCAAUGUGCCAGCAAGAUCUGGCAAAUGUGGGAACAAGUUUUUUGUACCAUGCAGUGAAUUCAAAAUCAACAAUCAAGUACCUUUUAAAGAAAUAAACUGUCGAAGUUAUGCACAGUAUGUUAGUGUAGCUCUACUAUUUGGCCAGGCAAAGACAAUUUGCAUGUGCUAACUUCAACAAGGGGACAAUUGACAAAAAAAAAAAAGUGUUCAAUUGUGGACCUAUAUUUGUAGUAUAAUGUUUAAGACAACCAGUAAAGCUGACUCAUUUUACUUUGUAUGCACUGCGUUGCAUCAUAACAUUAUUAGGAUUGAAAUAGCAGUUAAUUUCUGCUGUGUUUAGCCUGUUAUUGUUGUCCUGGAGGAAUAAGCCUUGUUUCCCGUUCAAUGCAGUGUGUGCAUUUGAAAUUGCCAGAAUUUAAGCUUUCAACAUUUUUAAUAUAUAUAUUUACCUCAUAUUAGACGGUCGUCUUGUUUUUAGUCCUUUAAAUUUUACAUCAUGCCUCGUACAUUCCCACCAGCAUCACAUUGUUGUUGCACAAAGUAAUCAUGUAUGCACUUUAUGUUGCAAUGUGCUGUAUUACUGUGGUUUUGAUCAUGCCUCCUUUUGUAAUGGUUGACAUGUUUUUUAUGUCUGGAGAAGUGGCUCGAAUGUCUGGAGAUAUGGUUCCAAUAUCUAGAUGAAUGGUGUUUGCCAAAUGUAGUUCAUGCAUACAUUUCCAUGUCAGUCAUCUUGUUUCUUGCAUGCAUCAUCAGAGACUGUUACUUUUAUUUUUGCCUAUUUUCUUUCUACUGAUAGAGCCUGCGUUCAACCUUUGCCUGUAUGUUUACUGGCAUAAAUUUAGCAUUGCUGACAAAAA